GGCCAAGUGCUAUGGAGUGCCUCUCCCACACAUGGUUUGCUCACAACCCCCCUCCUGAAGAUGCUCAUUUUAUAGAUACAAAGCAGCUUAAUUUUUUUGUAUCCCGAAGCAGAUGGCAGCGGUCUCUUAUGAGCUAUAAAUCAGUGCUUGUAAUGAGACCCAUCCCAGAAAUCCUGGAAAAGCAUCAUAAAAACACCUCUCUUGGCAUCUCCCGACAACUGGUAGAAGAGAGUAGUUCAUCCAGCACCAGUGGGUCAUCUUCAGACAAUGAAAUUUCAGUCUCCUCAGGAAGAAAACCAUUUGGUCCCAUUCCAGAACUUCAUUUAUCUGUGCUAGAGGGAUCAAAUUAUCCAGAAUAUGAAGAAUUUGGAGCUGAAUUUAAAAUUCCUGAAGACUCCAUGCCACCAAUUAAAAGACUGAAACAAACUUCAGCAAAGGGACAGUUGGAUGAACAGCCUGUACAAGAACAAGAAACAUCAGUGUACCAGCAGCCUGAGACACAUGGCAAAGAACUGUUUGAGUUAGCUUCACUGCAAGAUAAAGCUGGAUUGUUGCUACCAGAAGAAGGCAGAAUGGAAAGAUCUCCAGGAUGUGUCCCAAGACACAGUGUCAUAAAAAGUACUUUUUACAGUCAACCAUCUGUCGGUCUGACAGAUGCUCCCUCCUCACCAGGGAAAGAGCAAAGGAAACAGCUAGAAAAAGCAAAGAGAUCUUACAGGAAAGCAGGAUAUUCGAAGUCCGCUUUAAGUGGUCUACGGGAACCCCUAUUAGAACAGUUUGAAUUUGGUGGGGAAGGAGGAUCAUUAGCAGAUGCAGAGUUUGGGAAGGGCAGAGAGGGAGGUAAUGGUCCCCUAAUGACGAAAUCAGCUUCUUUUGAUACUGCACAGAAAUCACCAAAAGUUACUUUCCAAGUUUCCACUAGAAGCCGUUCUUUGGAUGACUACAGAAUAAGAGCUACAGGCUUUGCUGAGGAACAGGAUAUUGCAGAAGAGGACAUGGACAUCAUUCCCCAGGGCAGUCUGGCAGAAGUAACUCAUCUGAGGGAUGAAGAGGCCUUUGCAACAAAAACUAGGGAGGGUUUCUCUGAGGAACAGCCAAUGUUAGUCACACUUGAUGAAAAGGAAAGCUCCAGUCUGAGCCUUCAACAGCAAGAAAAGGCCUUGGUUUGGGCACAGGGUCCUGAAAAAGAUGAGGAUUUACUUCAGAAACAGAAGGCACCUCUUUUUGUGGGACAGUCUCUUCAAGGCAGUGAAGAUCUGAUUCUAGCUGCUCAGAAGCCAGGUUUAACUUCAGGGUUGGUCCCAAAAUGUGAUAUUGAGGAAGGUCAGACAUCCCUGUCUUCUACUCACAGGGAUAUGGGAGCCAUUUUUCAGAAGGGAGAAAGCUCCGUUUUGAGAGAUGCACAGUCGGAGACAACCAACUUAGUGUCUCAGGACCACAAGGAGGAAAAACUGUCCCAUGAGACAAAACCAAGUUCUCCCAAGAGUGAAGAAGACCAUACACCUCAGCAAGAGGAAAGUUUUCAUCUUCUGAAAUCAGUUCCUUUUCACAUCACUCAUGUUCAGGCUGAGAAACAGCUUGCUGGCGCUCCAGACAAGAGUCCAAAAACGCUACGGACUGUGGCAAUGAGUGAAGGCCAUUUACCUGGGUAUCAGAAGCCUUUGGUUUACCCUGAAACACAAACAGUGGAGAGUAGAAGUUCAGGUGCUCCCAUUUUGCACACUGACAUUUCUGCCUCCUCCAUCCCUGAAGAGGAGCAGCAAAUUCUGUCCCAGGAACCCUCAGGACUCAGCUUGGCAAAGUCAGCUAUGCUAGAGAAUAAAGGCCUAGAGAAUUUAAACUUUCCUCAGGCAAAAAUGGCCCCAACUUCAGUCUCUGAGAGUGCAGAACAGAAGCAUUUACAUCAGUUGCCCGUUGCAUAUACUGAAAGGAAGCUACCUGUUACAAAAGGAGAAGGUCCUGUUCAUCCAGAAAUGGCCCUCAUGGGAGAAGGCCAGCACCCUUCACAACAGGAGUCUCCUGUUUACAGCAAGCCAUCUUCUAGUGCCCCGAGAAGUGCUGCUUCCUUUAUUCAAGCAGCUUUCCAACCAGGAGCCACCUCAAUAUCCCUACUUCAUGGAGAAACCCAGAUGGCCUCACUUCCAAAGCCCUCCAUUUACCCGGAAGGAGAGUCUCUUCACAGAGAAGUUCAGAGCCCUCCUCAGCAAGCAGAAACAUUGACUUCUGCCUAUGAAAGUCAGGAUUGGGGGCAUGGAAAGUCUCUGAAAACCAGUGAAUUUGCUUCUGUCAUCCCAAAGGGCCAAAGACCACAAAUCAAAACAGAUCUUACAUCUGUCUUUGAAGCUGAGAACCAUGAGCUCUACCCCCAUGUCCCAUCUGCUCCUAGUGAGGUUAAGUCAGCUAUCCUCAAGAGCCAAACACCCUCUGUAGCAGGCUUUUCUCAAGCAAAAAUUAGGCCUUUUUCAACCUCUAGGGAAAAAAUCCCUGUAACUGUUAAGAAAACACCAUAUUCCAUUGGUGAAGGAAAAAGCAAGGAGCAUAUGAUGCAUGAAAAGCUGUCUCUUUACAGCGACCCAGAGGCUCAAGCUCUGGAAGACUUAUCAGAGGAGAUGGCUUACCUACCUAAAGCAACAACUCCUUUGGCAGAGUCAAUCCCUGCUCCAGAAGGCUCCAAGAGAUAUAUUUCACCACAAGGAGAGAUGUUCUAUCAAGAUUCAUCUGGGCAAGCAGUAAGACCAAAAGGCAGGUAUCUUGUGCGCAGAGGAAAAAGAGAAGGAGGGAUUGGCCUAGCAGAUCCUACAGAAGCAGAUAUUAUAUAUCCUGGGGAAGAAGAUUAUUUCAGUGUCCAGUCUUACCUGAGCAAGAAAGUCAGGAUGUCAUCUCCUUAUGAAGGCCAAGGCCUGGAUUAUACAGGUGCAGAAACAUCCACAGCAUCUCUGUUUGAUAGAUUGUCCUACUAUGCUGGCCGCCAAGGAAGUAACUGGAUGUAUGAAAUUGCCCUUGUGCAGAUCCAGGACCUCUCAGAGUUGCCUCGUCCUGAUAGCAAGACAGCAAAAUUUGAUAUCUCUGAAGUGGAGCCAGCCUUCCUCAAUCUGCACGAACUCUAUGACAUUGUGUAUUCCCCAUUUGAGUUCCUUAGCUUCCGGAAAGCUCCUGAGAACCUACCCAGCAAAAGACAUUUGCCACCUGGAUUCAACCUUCAUUCUCAGCAGGAUAAAAAAAUAUGUCUCAGGGAAGAUAAUUUGCAAGGUAAGGCCAUUAGGAAACCUUUUGGAGAAGAAGAAAAAGGGGCUGUCAAGGUCGAGGUAGGUCCAGAACCAGCCAUAGCACCACGAAUAGGGAAAAGGUCCGACUCAGAAGGUGAUCUACCAAUUGGAUCCCAGCAAAUGUAUGAUCUCCCAUCAGAUCCAACUAGGAAGAGGAAAAGUUCUCUGCAGAGUGCAUUAGGACUCUUUAAGCCAGUUGUCCGGUCUCAGUCCAUGGAACAGGUGGAACAAAGUCUAAAGAAGAGGAUGAAAACAUCAGUGGCCCACUUUUCGAGGAUGUUGACAAGAAAAUUGUCCAGUGAGGAGCACAGGGAAGACUCUGAGGAGCCCAAGAGCGAGCAAGCAGAGAGAACAUCCUUGACUGAACCUUCUCCAACUUCAAAAAAGAAAAGAAUGUUCCCUUCAUUCACCCUUCCAAGCCUCAAGACAAAGGACAAAGGACCUUUUUUUGUAGAAGAGCUCACCGAUCAGACAGUUGCAAUAGGACAAUCUCUGACUCUUUCCUGCCGGACCUCUGCCCAUUCCUUCUCUCGUGUUGAAUGGUUCAAAGAUGGAGCUGGAAUUUGCAGCACAGACCGGAUCCUAAUUUCAUCUACCCUGAAACGCUUCCAGCUUUUAACUGUGUUAUCUGCUACAAUGGAAGACUUUGGCAUGUACACCUGCACAGCUACUGGUUCCCAUGGCGCCAUUUCCACCUCCUGCACUAUAAGGAAAGCAGAGGCACCUUCAAAUCCACCAUCCCCUGACAUUGUUGAGGUGCUUGAAGAUGGCGUACAGCUGGCGUGGGAGCCAGUGGAACUCAACACCCCAGUGACCUAUACUGUUCUGUGCAAGAAGGAUGAUGGAGAAUGGAAGACUCUAGCCAGUGACAUCCUGGACUGCUGUUACACAGUCGAACAUCUUCCUCGAGGUUUGGUGUACUCCUUCCGCAUUGCCUGUGUGAGCCUGGCUGGUGUGGGUCCGUAUAGUUACCCAACUCCCAAAGUGAAAAUUGGUGAACAAGAUCAAGCAGCGUUCCAGGCUCAGGACGAAGAGGACAAAAUGACAGCCCAGCCGACACACCAGACAUAUGCCUUCCAGACAGAGAUUAAAAGAGGACGUUUCAGCAUCAUCAAACAAUGCCGAGAGAAGUUCAGUGGAAAUCCUUUGGCAGCCAAAAUCAUCCCCUACAGGCAAGAAGAGAAAGAAGCCGUACUCCAGGAGUAUCAGAUCCUGCGAAAACUCCACCACACCAACAUAGGACAACUGCAGGGCGCCUAUGUGAGUCCACGCCAUCUUGUACUGAUUGUGGAACUUUGCGUGGGGCCCGAGCUCCUUCAUGCCUUAGCUGGAAGGUCUUCCUAUUCAGAGGUGCAAGUCAGAGACUACCUCUGGCAGAUUCUCAACGCCGUUGAGUACCUUCACAAGCAGGACAUCCUACAUCUGGAUCUAAGAUCUGAAAAUAUGAUUAUUGUUGAGCCAAACCUGCUGAAGCUUUUGGACUUUGGCAAUGCACAGUUCUACAUGCCAGACCAAAUCAUAACCUUGGAUGGAUGCACAGAUUUUGUGGAAACUAUGGCUUCAGAACUCCUAUCUGAUAAGGGAGCUGUCCCACAGACAGACAUCUGGGCGAUUGGCGUGACGGCUUUCAUCAUGCUGAGUGCCGAAUAUCCCAUCAGCUCCGAUGCUGCCUGGGACUUUGGAAGGCUUGUCAAACGAGACAAAAUCCGACUCAACAAAUGUUAUGCUGGCCUUUCUGGGGGUGCCAUCAACUUUCUCCAAAGCACACUUUCCUUUAAUCCAUGGAGAAGACCAACAGCAACAGAAUGUCUUCAGUCUUCAUGGUUGCAAGAGACUGGCUUGGAUGAACACCAACAAGCCACAGUUACUUUCUCCACCACCAAGCUGAGGAAUUUUGUGGCUGCACGAGAGAGGAAAAGGGCACUACUCUGUUCAAAGUAUGGUGUAACGGCUGUGUAGCAAAUGGAACCUACAUUCAAUCUCUCUAGCUGUCCAUGAUUCACGGACUCCUGUGAAUGUCAGUGCUGAGUUUUGGAUAUCUACUUUAUUAUAUUUUCUGAUUUCUGAUCCAAAAAGCAAUGAUUUUUAAGAUGCAGAUUGCUGAGCAUCAGGUUUGUUUAGAUGUUUCCAAUAACCAGGGAAAAGAAGAGACCACAGUCACAACACAUGGAUGCAUUUUAUUUAUUCUACAGUGAUGUUCCUCUCACAUUGCCAUGACAAAAUGGAACAAUUCUGGAUUAAUCGAUAGAAAGUGAAAGUAGGCUGUACACAGGGUUAUCUUAAACAUGAAAGACUUCACUGUUUCAAAAGCAAUUUAAAGAUGUAUUCAACCCCCAGAGGGACUUAUGAAAUCUCUGGGUUAUUUUUUUUUUUCAAAAAAAGGAAAUAUUAAUGAAGAAUCUGUUUCAGAUCCUUUGGCAAAGGCUGGAAGGGAAGAAUAUUCUACACAAUAUUUUCUAUCCAAGUUCCACAUCAGUUGGGCAUGCACUUAUCCAUGAACCUUACAAUCAUUCUGUGAAAAAUGGAAGAUGAGCUCAUGGUUAAUUUAUCUUCCUUUUGCCACCUUUUUCCCCAAAUGCACCUCUGCAUUCAGUAGGAAUCUUUCAGAGGUGCCAAGAAAGGCUCAUUUUAUUAGGAAUGGAAAUGCUCUGCAUUAGGGAGCCUUCAGUCUUCAAUAAAAGACAGCCUAAACACCAGAUGUUAGUUCAUAAUGUUGGAUAAGUUUUGAUGCCUUAGAGCCCUGACUUUUAACAUGGAAACGCCCCAGAUGAAGAUACACAAGAAUACUUUGACAAUAACGUAAUUAAAUUCCAUGCUAAGAAUAAUCAUAAUCUAAACUAAAAUUGAAAUGUUCUGCAGUUUCCUGCAGCAAUCAUACCAUACGUGGCGUUCCUCCUGACUUAUAAGGAGCCUGCUCUUUUUAGCUAGCCAGGUUGUAUGUAGGCCUUUUUGCAACCUACCAGCUCUGCAUUUCAAAGAAUUACAUUAUUCUUUCAAAAGGAAAACGUAAACCAGAGGUUCUUGUCACCUUCACUUCAGAGCUCCUGAGCCAACGGGAACACAGCAGAACCCCUUGCACGGUCCCAUUGAGGGUGAGAAAGUGGACUGGUUCAAAAACUUCACAAGAAGCAGGAGAGUCAUGUUUCACCCCUUAUACGGCCAGUCACGGUAGGGCAGGUUGUAGCUGGAACACAAAAGUGGCCUUCUUUGUGCAUGAGGUGGAGAAAGAAUUUCCCCUCUCUCAAUCAGGACCCCAGAAGAAUCUCAGCACACCAAGGACACUAUUGCUGGAGAGUCAAAAUAUCCCUUCCAUGCGUAAUUUCCAUUACUAAACAGAUUCAUCCACAUAGGAAAAUCUUUCAUAGUCUUACCUGAGAGUGUGCGGAGGGCCUUUAUUUCACCGCCAGAGGUGUGAUGCAUGUUGUCUUCCAGACAAAGAAUUGAGUUGAUUACUUGCUCCUUUGCAAUGAACUUGGUUAUUUCCCAUAGGGAUUAUCUGUCACAAUUGGAAUCUAGUUGGCAGUCAAGAUAUUCCACAACGCUUCUGCUCCUAGUUCAAAGGUAUUUAUUUGCUGUGUUCAAGUUCUGCUACUUUCAAAUAUCUGAAGUAACAAUCUAUAUUUCUUCCUAGUGUUGACUUAAAAAAAAA